UAGUGACGGGUAGUAGCAGGUAUCUACAUGUAGUGAUGUUAAGAGGCGUGGUGAAACAACAGAGGUAGGUCACAGGGAAUUUUUUUAACCCUACAUCACCGCCUCACCUGUGCAGAUUUCCUCACUGUGAGCCCUGCUCACUUUCCUUUUGCAUUCAGCAACGACUUGAGGGACAAAGCUGGAACCUUUUCAGAGAUGGAUUUAUACAGGAGCUUUAGUAACCUUAUGGAGGCUUAUGUGUAUGAGGAGAGAACUCGUCCCGAGUCCCAGUUUCGACGGGAUAACACUGAUGGGCCUCAUGCACCUGUCUCCAACAUCGCAGUAAACCCACGCUCGGAAUCUGUGGACUCUGGAGUGGAGUCGGCCAGCUGUGAAACACCAAACCCUGCCACAGCUGGUUCUUUGUCAGCAGACAACACUGAGAUGGAUUUAUUCCUCCUACAAAGUGACAAUUUCGCCGCUGCUUCAACGCCUCAGCCACCUGUUCUCUUGUCUACUUUGUCUUCGUCGUCGUCUUCCUCUCCAAACCUGCAUCUCAGCAGAGCGGAAGAGGCCCCCACAACCUUGAACCUAAAAGGAGAACCAGAACUACAAAGGACUGACUCCAAGAGGUGGAAGCAAGUUUAUGAGGUGCUCAGCCAACAGCCUAAAACGUCUUCCCUGCCCAAACAACACACAUCUGAGUUGAAAAGGUGUAUAAGGUCAGCGAGUUUUAAUUUGAGGAGGAGGUUCGACCCACCUAUCCCCAAUGGGCAAAUGCCAGAAACGGAGAGAAAAUCAAUUUUAUUAGGCUCUGUCGAGCAGAUCUCACAGAGCUCUGGUGUUUUUGAGGGAAAGGAACUCAGUCCUGGUCUGUGCUACUUGGAAUGGGUCUGUCAAAAGAUGGAACUGUAUGCCAAACAUCAAAUGCAAAACCAAGCAAUGCAGGCAGAGAGAGAUACUCCCCAGGAACACGAAGAGCAAAAGCAUGAUGCAGCAGAUGCUCAGGAGGACCACCCCAGGCUUGAAAGCGCACAGGAAACUCCCAGCGAACCUCAGCAGCAAAAAACCCGCCAUUUCCGACAGAGAUCAGCCUCGGACACAACUUUUUCAAAGAUGCAUCUAAGAAAAUUUAACUUAAGCUCCAGAGUGAAGCGACAGAGUGCGAGUGAUCUACGAGAGAUAGAGGAGGAAGACGUCUUGCCGACGGAAUCCGCAAAAGAAGAACCGAGCAAGAAAAAUAUAAUCCAGAGGCUAAAACUUGGGUCUUUGAGAAGAGUGGCGUCUGCUGUGUCGGACAGCAGGAGCACACAGACGCAGUCUUCAGAGAAAAUCACGACCCGCCGACGGCUGAGCCAACUGUUCAGGAGGUCAAGGAAAGUGUCGCCUGAUUGAAUCAACUGUGUCAGUUUCCAUUAGCUAAUAUUUUGAGGUUUUUAGAGAAAACAGCCUCAGCAUCAAUGCUGCUUUGUAAAUGACUUCCUAACCUUUCAUUAUUCAGCAAAAUAACAUGGUUUUUUUAUAUAAGGCAUUUUUGUUUACUCAUAGAUCAAGUUGAAUGGAUACUGUUAUUUUCGAAAUAUAAAAAAUAUCCUGUUGCACAGUUAUUUUUUUUUUUACAUUUAAAGCUGUGGGAUUUAAACAAUAAUGGUGUUCAUUAAUAUCACUGUUUAUUCUGUGAAAUAAAAAUAUCUUUUCCCACAACAUAAAGUGUUAAGAUUGCUUAACCGCAUGUAUGUAUAUAUAUUAAAUAGGGAGGGAAAUAACUUAAAUUGUUAUGCAGAUUAUUUGUUUUUAGCAAUGAGCUAAAAUGAAAUCUCAGAAAUCAAGAUGGGGUUGUGAGAACGCCACAAAAUGGCAGUAGGCAGGAAAUGUCAUGUUAUGUACUUUCAUUAUUUAUUUACAGCCUUUGUACUGAGAAGAAACCAAAGAGAAUAUGCUUAAAAAUGACAUCCAGGAAGGUUUCCUUAUACAUAUCCUUGUAGUUAACCAUGCAUUAUACAGUUUCCUUAACGUUUAAUAGUAGAAACAGGUAUUAUCUCAUGAAACAUGAGGUAUUAUUAAACAUCUCAGCGUUACCUUGCAGCAAAAAUGUCCUGGGCUCAAAUCCUAGUCUGGGGAUUGCAUGUUUUCUCUGUUCAGGCAUGAAUUCUGUCUGGGUACUCCUGCUUCCUCCCAGAGUCCACAAACAGGUUUGUUAGGUUAAAAAGUUCCUCUAAUCUGUCAUUAGGUGCGAGGGUGUGCGUGCAUUGUUGUUUGUUUUGUUUGUCUCUGCGUUGACCUGUGAAUGACUGACGACCUGCCCAGGGUGUUCACCAUCUCUCGCCCAAUAACUGCUGGCUAUAGGCAACCGCCUAUCUUUAGUUGCCUGUAAAUAUUAGCAGGAAUUGGCAAUGAAUGGAUGGACAAUGCCAUCUUAUUAAACCAAAAUAAUAAAAUGCCUCCAAGGUCAGAGAAAGUUAAAGCACUGGCACAAAAACUCCUGUGGGAGACAAUGUUUUCAGUGUCAUAAAAUCAACCAAAACCAUUUGUUUGUCCAAAUAAGUCAUACCUCCCAUUUGACUUUGAUUAGAAAUAAUUUAGGGAAAUGUAAAUUGAGCUUAUGUAACACCAAUCCUGGAAUUAAGUGCAAUUAUUCAGACAUUUGACAAGGAAGCCUCUCAAGUCCCUUUGUAGAUUUUCCAGGCGUCUUACAGUGGAAACAAAACCAGAGGAAAACCCAGAACUCGCUGGGAGAAAAUUGGCCUUUCGUCCUAUGAAUGGCUUGGGUUACCUUUGAAGAAGUUGGAAAAUGUUUCAGGUGGUGCGGCAUGGUAGGAUUUCCAUCCUAGAGCUCAUAUCUCAGUAAAAGUAACUAAAAAAACAAAGAUCUCAGGAUAGACAGACUAUAGUAACAUAUUUAAGUGGCUCUUUAUGGAUUUACACUUCCUUUAAAAGCCCGUAAAAGUGCAUUGCUAAAAAUAUUUCAUAGUUUUGUUCUACAUUUUUCUGCAGUUACUACAUUUCAGAGCACUGAAAAAAAAGGCCACUCGGAGAUAUGUUUUUUAUUUAUUUAAUUUGUAUUCUCCUAGGUUGGGGGGGACAUACCUCCCCUGGCAUUCCCAUGUAAAGAGAUGUCAUGACAAACACAUCCAACCAAAUGAGAGACAGUGAAUAGUUUUCCAGUCCAUACAUAAAAUACAUUUAUUUACUUCGUACUGGAUCACCAGCAUCCAUAAGUCCCACACAGUAUCCACCUGUGUUAUUAAAUAUAGAGAGAUAACAUCUAUGAAGGGAUUUAUUUACUGUACAUGUGAGAGAGGGGGGCUUGGCAGAAAGGGUUUAGCUUAUAGAUGAAAAGAGUGGUGUUGGUGGGGAGCAGCA